AUGGCGCUCUUGUGUGGAUGCUGCACGGAUCAGGGUGAGCCUGUCGAGGCUGUCGAUUCUGCCAUUGAUCGAUUGAACGAUAAGCCAAAGGUCGCUGUGCCUGAUGAGGCCAAGUUCGGAGAUCCUGCAGUAAGCCCGCGCAACGACAGAGAGUUCGAGGUUGUGAUCGAGAAAAGCCCAGAUGAUCAACGAAUCGGCUUAGACAUCAGCGUUGUUGGUGGCAAGGUUCUCAAGGUCUGGAAAGUAAAAGACGGCCUUGUCAACGAGUGGAACAAGAACCAACCGACUGAAAUGCAGGUAAAGGGCGGCGAUGCAGUAGUCGCUGUGAACGGCAAGCGUGGCAGUGCUGAUCAGCUUUUGGAUGAAGUGUCCAAGGGGCGGAAAGUGACGAUACUGAUCUCGCGGGGAAUGUUCGCAUGA